AUGGCUUUCAAUAUCGGCGACACGAAAUUUUCGUGGACAAUCUAUCAGUUAGCAACGUGUCUGCUGCUCAUCUUGCUCAUCGCCCAAAAAAUUAGAAAUGUAAUCAUUUCUCUUAGAUCUCCACUCUCUAAGAUCCCUGGACCAUGGUACGCAACCUUGACAACUAUUCACUUAAAAUGGGGUUUUGCUUACCAGAGACGCCCAGUUGCUACUGGGAGAGUCUGGAAAAUGGCAGAGGCAGCUCACAAACAAUACGGUCCAAUGGUCCGGCUAGGUCCUCGUCAAGUCUGGAUUUCAGAUAAAGAGUGCAUGAGACAGAUACUGGUUUCUAUUGAUCUACCUAAGGUUGCUAUGUAUGCUGAGAUAUCUCGUGACCGACACUACCCAGGUCUCUUUGGCGAGAUUCGACCGGUUCCUCACCGAAAGCUCAAGAAGUUUCUCUCGCCAGCCUUCACCGUGGCAUAUGUCGACAAACUCGAUACGUUGUUCAGCCAAUGCAUUAAUGAUCUAUUUCGGAAAUACCAAAUUGCUGUCCAAUUGGACAUCCAAGACCAUGCAAACUAUUACGGUACAGAGACUGACCUCAUGGAGGAUAUUCACAAUGUUGCUCUUGAUAUCAUGGGCGAAUGCUCGUUUGGAAAGUCAUUCGGGCAAACGAAUCCAGACAAGAAAGCAGAAGUAGGCGUGGAAGACCGUAUAUGGAAGUCCAUUCCACGAGCCAUCUUUGACGGCCUGGCCAAAAGAUAUCAAAAUGUCUAUUUGAAGCGUUUCUUCCGCGCUCUCGUGCAAAGACGUAGGACGAACAGUGAAGAUUCCCGUCCUGACCUCCUCCAGCACAUGAUUGAAGAAGGCAUGAACCCUGCCGAUGAUACGCGAAUGUCCACACGGCAAAUUGUGGACCAGAUGUCCGAGGUCUUGCUGGCAGGAACUGAGACGACGUCGGGCACGAUUGCAUGCUUCUUCUUGGAAGUUGCUCGAAACCCAGAUGUCAAAGCCAAACUGCUGGCUAGCCUCCCGAUCCGCAAGCCGGAUGACCCCAUUAUAACAAGCAAAGAAAUUCGCAAUACAGAGCAGUACAAGUACCUGAACGCUUGUAUCCAGGAAAAUUUAAGGCUGCAUCCUAUUGCAUCGGAAAUGGGACGUCGCACAGGUAAUGAAUGGGUAUUCCUGGGUGGAUAUGAUUUGCCUCCACACACCGUUGUCUCCUCGUCUUAUCGGGAACUUCAUCGUGAUGGAAAGUAUUGGCCUGAGCCACUACGCUUCUGGCCUGAGAGAUGGCUGGAAGGCGAUGAUAGGGAUGGAGCGCCUGAACCUGAUAUAAAUGCUUAUUUCCCUUUCUCGGCUGGAAAGCACUCAUGCAUUGGCAUUAACUUCGCAUGGGCGGAAAUGCGGAUGGUGGCAGCGAAUUUCCUCACUAGGUUUGACUUGGAAGAAAUCAUCGGACAGGAUGUCGACUUCCGUCAAUUCAUCACAAUGCAAUUCAAAACAGGUAGCUGGAAGGUGAUGAUCAAGCCUCGAGCCGAGAUCUUCUAA